AAGGAUUGCUCUUUGCAUCUAUCAAUAGAAGAGAAUGCUACCAUAAAGAAACCCAAAUGGGCCGAAGUUUCUGACGAGGAGGACUUGGAAGAGAAGCUUGAAAAAAAAGAAAGUUUAGUUUUUCAAGAAAAGGAUGUUAUUGAUAUCUUCGAAGAGGCUGUGACUGCUCUUUCACCUGAAGAUGAAGAAGAUUCAAAAACUCCAAACAUUGAAACUAAAACGCCAAACGGCACUGAACAAAAGGAAAACGUUAUAAAAAUGUACUUUCCAGCUACUGAGGGCUGCCGGGAUGUACACAAUUACGAGCGCCUGAAUCGCAUUGACGAAGGCCAAUACGGAGUAGUUUACCGCGCAAAAGAUAAACUUACUAGUGCGAUUGUGGCCUUGAAAAGGUUGAAAAUGGAAAAAGAAAAAGAAGGUUUUCCUAUAACUUCUCUUCGAGAGAUUAACUGUUUAUUGAGAUGCAAACAUCCGAAUAUUGUUAAUGUUAGAGAAAUUGUAGUCGGCAGCGGUAUGGACGAUAUUUAUAUUGUUAUGGAUUAUGUUGAGCAUGACCUUAAAGCUUUAAUGAGUUCCAUGAAGGAACCCUUUAAGUUGUCCGAAACAAAAAUGCUACUUAUGCACCUGCUUAGAGGAGUCGAGCACAUGCACAAAAAUUGGAUUCUUCAUCGAGACUUAAAACCUUCAAAUCUUUUACUGAGCAAUAACGGCGUUCUUAAGAUCGGCGACUUUGGAUUAGCUCGGGAGUACGGCGAUCCGUUAAAACCGUACACACCAUUGGUUGUUACGCUCUGGUAUCGCUGCCCUGAACUUUUAUUGGGGGAAAAAAUGUAUUCAACGGCCGUUGAUUUGUGGUCUGUUGGUUGUAUAUUUAGUGAACUUUUGUUAAAUAAAGUUCUUUUAAAAGGAACUUCUGAAGUGGCUCAGCUUGAUCAUAUCUUCACUCUUCUUGGCCGACCGUCGCAAAGAGAUUGGCCAGAUUAUGACAAACUUCCGAAUGCGAAAAUGAUCAAAUUUGGGCGGUAUUCAUUGGAUCGUUAUGCUUUAUUAAAAGAGAAGUUCCACUUCAUGUCCGAGUCUGGCAUAAAUCUUCUUAAAAGUUUUUUAUGCUACAACCCGAAAACUCGCAUAUCCGCAAGCGAAGCGUUAGGGCACUUUUUUUUUAAACAACAUCCAAAACCCUCAAGUUCUGCACUUUUUCCGACUUUUCCGGCGCGCUCGAAAGGCGAAAGAAGGCAGUUGGACACUAUUCCCGCACCCGCUCCGCAUAAUCCUCUUAACGACGUGAUGGCGGAAUUUACUGUUGAUGAAUAUGGCACCAAUCAAACGAAGAAUAAAUAG